UUUCAGACCUCAUUAUUCUUGAACAUAUACUCGGACACACACUGCUGUUCACCUGUGAGCGCCGUAUCAGUGUUUGACCGUAUUACACGCUUCUACUUAGUUUGACUUUUCUGGAGAGAAGAAGAAGAAGCUGAGGAUAAAAGAAAUGAUGGGGGCAUCUCUGCCUGUGUGUGGGCAGGAGUGCCCUGGCCGGCAGGCCGACUGUUAGCCAUGCUGCGGCAGCAAGAACCCACGGUCAGCACCCUGCAUCUGGUGGCCAAUGAUAUGACCGAUAUCAUGGAGAACUUGGACACACGAGAACUCGACAUGGGCGAUGGGGAAGAGGAGUUUGACAGCCAGGACCCCAAUAGUUCAGAAAACCGCAUCCCCUUCUCAGCUGUGUAUAAAACAGUAGGCUUUAAAGAGACCGGGGCACGUGUAUUUCUUACCGCGCUUCCCAUCACCGCCAAAAUCCUGGAGGUGGAACGCUUCACUUCCUCACAGGAUCGCUUCAACAUCACCUACCAGAGAAGCGUCUCUAAGGUGCUUCCUGCAGUGUUUAAGAUAGAGAUGAGACACGGGAACUUCACCUGGUUGAUAAAAAGGAAGGAGAAACAUUUUAUGGAGCUUCACAGGGAACUACGCACCUACAAGACCCUCCUCAGAAUUCCACUGCCGUCCCGCAGUCACGCGGAGCGGAGGCACACUAUAAACAGGAACCUUGAAAGAAACAUGCCAAGUCUACCCCGGGGAGGAGGUGAAGAACUGGCCAGGGAAGAGCAAGUGUCUAGUCGAAAAAGACAACUUGAAGACUACUUGAAUAAGCUGCUAAAAAUGCCAAUGUAUAGAAACUACCAUGCAACAAUGGAAUUCAUUGAUGUGAGUCAGCUGUCCUUCAUUCAUGAUUUGGGACCAAAAGGCUUGGAGGGCAUGGUUCUCAAAAGGUCGGGGGGUCACCGUAUUCCUGGACUGAACUGCUGUGGCCACAGUAAAAUGUGCUACCGCUGGUCUAAACGGUGGAUGGUGGUGAAGGACUCUUUCCUUGUCCUCAUGAAGCCAGACUCAGGUGCCAUCUCUUUCGUCCUGCUGGUGGAUAAGGUGUUCGACAUUAAAAUGGAAACUAAAGACACCGAGACGAAGCACGGUGUCCGUAUAGACUGUCUGUCCAGGACUCUUGUGCUGAAGUUCACGAGCUACCGUCACGCUCGCUGGUGGGGGCAGGCCGUCGAAGAUUUUGUGCGCAAAUACGGCAGCAAUUUCCUUAAGGAUCACCGCUUUGGAUCCUUCGCCAAUGAACAGAAGAAUAUCCCAUCUAAAUGGUAUGUGAAUGGGAAGCAGUACAUGGAGGACGUGGCGAAUGCACUGGAGGAGGCAGAGGAGGAGAUCUUUAUCACCGACUGGUGGCUGAGCCCUGAGAUCUUCCUCAAGAGGCCUGUCGUUGAGGGCAACCGCUGGAGACUCGAUUCCAUUCUGAAACGGCAAGCGCAAAAAGGUGUGCGGAUCUUUGUGAUGUUGUACAAGGAGGUGGAAUUGGCUCUUGGGAUCAACAGCGAAUACAGCAAACGGACACUACUACAACUUCACCCAAAUAUCAAGGUAAUGAGGCAUCCUGACCAUGUCUCCUCUUCCGUGUACCUGUGGGCACAUCAUGAGAAGAUUGUGGUGAUCGACCAAUCGGUGGCUUUCGUGGGAGGCAUUGACUUGGCGUACGGACGCUGGGAUGAUGUGGAGCAUCGGCUGACUGACAUAGGAAGUGUUACCAGGACUCUUCCCGUGUCUGCAGAGAUCACUUCCGAAGGCUCUCCCGCUAUGGCCUCUCAAUCAAACGGUUCCAGCACGGAGCACACUAACGGCAAAAGUUUGCCUGUUGACACAGUGGACCAGCCGAAACUGAAAGGACAGGGCAAGACAAAGAAGACCCGAUUCAGCAUCCGCAGGCACCUGCAGAAACACGGGCUGGCUCCUGCAGACAGCGUGAGCAGCGUCGAGAGCUCUGAAGAAAAGACUGAAGCGGCACAAGAUCUGCAAGCAGAUGUGAUUGGCCUGAUGGGAAACACGCGUUUCUGGCAUGGCAAAGAUUACUGUAACUUUGUUCAUAAGGACUGGGUCCAGUUGGAUAAACCUUUUGAUGAUUUCAUUGACAGGCACAUAACUCCCAGAAUGCCUUGGCAUGACAUUGCCUCGGUGGUUCAUGGGAAAGCAGCCAGAGAUGUUGCACGUCACUUCAUUCAGCGCUGGAAUUUCACAAAGAUCAUGAAGCCCAAAUACAGAUCCCUGUCGUACCCAUACCUCCUUCCUAAAUCUCACACUACUGCGAAUGAGAUCAAGUAUCAGGUCCCUGGCUGCACCCAGACUAAUGUCCAGGUGUUACGAUCUGCCUCAGACUGGUCAGCGGGUAUAAAAUACCACGAGGAGUCGAUUCAUACAGCUUACGUCAACGCAAUUGAAAACAGCGAACACUAUAUUUACAUAGAGAACCAGUUCUUCAUAAGCUGCGCAGACAACAAAGUCGUUCACAAUAAAAUCGGAGAUGCCAUUGCCAAGAGGAUCAUUAAGGCAUAUCGGGAUGGUAAAAAGUACCGCGUGUAUGUGGUCACACCACUGCUUCCUGGGUUUGAGGGGAACAUCAACACUGGAGGAGGCAGUGCCAUACAGGCAGUCAUGCACUUCAAUUACAGGACAAUGAAUAGAGGAGACUGCUCCAUUAUCUCUCAGCUGAAGAGAGAAAUGGGUGAUCAGUGGAUGAAUUACAUCUCAUUUGGGGGUCUGAGGACCCACGCUGAGCUGGAGGGAAAGUUGGUGACUGAACUGAUAUAUGUGCACAGCAAGAUGCUUAUUGCCGAUGACAACACCGUCAUCAUUGGUUCUGCUAAUAUCAAUGACCGGAGCAUGCUGGGUAAGAGAGACAGUGAGGUGGCCGUCAUCUUUGAGGAUAUCCACACUGUGAAGUCAGUGAUGGAUGGUCAGGAGUAUCAGGCCGGACGCUUUGGAUUGAGCCUGCGGCUGGAGUGUUUCAGGUUCAGGACUCAUUCAAGUCUGUUUCUUAACAUAAACAAGCAAAUAAGGUUUAAAGAUGUUUUCUACUUCCUUUAAAAUCAAUAGGAUGAUCUUGGCGCCAACACUGAUCCCAGCAUUGAAGUGACGGACCCUCUAAGUGACCAGUUUUACAAGGAGGUGUGGAUGACCACCGCUGCCCGCAAUGCAACUAUUUACCAGAAGGUGUUCCGCUGCUUGCCGUCCAGUGAUGUUCGGUCAAUUUUAGAGCUGGAUGGCUUCCUCUCUAAGCCUGGUUUGGAGAAGGAGGACCCUGCACGUGCUCAAGAGGAGCUGAAGAAGAUUCGAGGCUUCCUGGUGCAGUUCCCUCUCCAGUUCCUCAGCGAGCAGAACCUUCUGCCACCCAUCGGAUCGAAAGAAGCCAUGGUGCCCAUGGACGUGUGGACAUGAGAGAACCUGCCCACAUCAACCCGAAUAAAAACUGAAACUGCAGAUGUACCAGGAACGACCUAAGCUUUCUUAUCAUAUAAUAAACACUUCUGAGACUGAAAAUGAGAUCUGAAGGCGCACCAGUUAUAAGUUGUUUACCAGAUUGGUUUGUUUCAUCCCUGAUUGUCUAUAUAUUCUAACACUAUGCAACUAAUAUUAUUUUUAUGAGCUACUCAUAAAUCUUAUAAAAUGGUUAUAUGGAUCCUUUUGUGGUGUCCUGAUUGGAUGCUGUAUGUUGGUUUUGUGCCCUGUAACAUGCACUGAAUAGGUAUUAUUCUCUGCAAUUAAGUGCCAACUAUGUAUGUGAAAUUACAUCUUUUCUCAAUAUAAAGUGGAAACAUUUCUCAUGUACUAUAUCUCAAGGUAAUUUAAGGUUAUUGAUAGUGGACGUGGUCCAUUAAAUGUUGCUUUCCUAUGGUAUGAAUUGCCAUGUUUUGGUGGCCUUAUUUCUUAACUGUGUUCUUAAUGCUGGUUGUGAACUAAAACCCACCAAAGCAUUUGUCUUUUAUGACCAAACCAAGUUGUUUUCAUAAGACUAGUAUUUAGACUUCUCCCCAUUAUUUGUCCAAAUUGUACAUAAACUGUAAAACAUGCCUGGAGCUUUAAAGAAGUUUACUGUCCGUGCUUGAAGUAAUGAAAUCAUUGCUCGUGACAUUCCAUUUAAAAGUACUGAAUCGGCUACAACUGCUACCAUUUAAAUAAACUGUCCAGGAUUUUCAUGUCACUGUAAAGGCCGCAGCAUGUGUGUCCUGCAUUCUGAGUAUCCAGCAAGUAUCUUCUAACAGUUGUUAGUCAAGCACUUAAAUGUCUGCACUGCUGACUGUGUACAGUAUCUGCACUUUUACUUCAGAAACUAAUUCCUGUUCUGUUCUUUGUCACCUUUUCCUCAUGUAUUUUCCCCAUUAAUUGCAUUUUUGCACACAAUGUGUAUCAUCAAAAACACAAAUGAUCUGUGUUGGGAUGUUUAUGAAAUAUGUGAAUUGAUGUUAUACAGAUGAUUAAACCAUAAUUUUCACACUA